AUGAUGGCUCCUCCACCUGUCGUCGGAGUCUCGCGGGCCAUGCCUGACUCUAUCCAGGGCAUCUCGCACGUCCCUGAGCUAAUUUCCUCCUAUCUCCUCCCCCACACCAUCGAUGCGGCUGUCUACAACGGCCUCCACCGUGUCAUUCAGGUGUACGGAGCUUCUCGUCCUUUGACCGAUGCCGCUAUGGACGGAGCUGCUACCAGAGGACGUCUCAGCAUUGUCCAGUGGCUCUCCAGUGGUAGACGAAGAAGCGGCUGUUCCGAAGCUGCCUUCACUGGAGCAGCGAGUAAUGGACAUCUCCGGGUCCUCAAGUGGCUCAUCCAGUACUCCCCAAAAGAGUACCACUUUACACAGUGUCUAACUGCAGCAGCAGGGGCCGGACAGCUCGCUGUGGUGCAGUUCCAACGCUCUCAAAGAAGAAUAUAUGACAAAAUUCCUCCUUUUAUAGCUGCGGCAGCCAAUGGCCACGUUGACGUGCUCAAAGCCUUAGGACCCUGGCCUUUCGACAUCUACAGAGCUGUUAAUGCAGCAGUGGCCAAUGGACAAGUAAGCGUGCUGGUGCUCGGGAUGUAUUGCGCAGCCCAGAACGGACGGACUGACCUUGUCAACCUGCUGAUGAGCACAUGCGAGUUUGACAGCGGUUCGAUCAUGCGUGCUGUGACCGAUGGAGCCGAGAAUGAUCACUGCGCUGUGGUUAAGCUUCUUAUGGACCAUUUCACGCUUGGUAAACCAAAUGUUUCAACUGAUAUCGUUCCAAUGAUGCAAGGUGUUAUCAGCAUAGCCUGCCGUUCUGCGGCUGAGCGUGGAAACGCCGAGAUGGUCAAGAUACUCGCGGUAAAAUGUUCCUCUGAGCUAAUAGGACUUGUGCUGAAAGAAACAACAAAGCCCGGUAACCACGAGCUGGUGAAGUUACUGCUUCACGAGUGUGAAGCGAGAAACUUGGAGGAUUCCUGGUAUCAUUUACGUAUUGGAAUGAUGGUACAAAAUGCAGUAUCUCGUGGUGACGUGGAGAUGGCCAAGUUAUUGGUUGAAAAGUGCGAUCCUACUGAUGUAGGGCGAUCCCUGAAGAUUGCUGUUGAAAACAACAGCGCAGAUAUGCUGCAUCUAUUGGCGCCGAUGACUGGAGUUUAUAUCAAGGAGGAUCCUUACAUAGUGGCUGCACUGUGA